CAUUAAUGAGAAAACAUUUAAAAUGUAAAAUGAAUUUUUAAUACUUUAAGUCAAUCUUUUUCAAACAAAGUGUUCAACUGUCUAAACGAUUAUAGCUAAUUUAUGACUAAAGGAACUAAUAGCUUUUAACGUUUCUAUCAUUUGAAUACUGCUUACGAUAUACGGAACAAUUUCCAGUACUAAUAUUUAUUGUUGAAAGUCAAUAUUAUUUUAUCAAUAAUGAAUGAUGAUGCAAGAGAAGUACUUGUUCUUCUUAAUUCCUUGGGAUUUGUUGGAAUUACCGCUCAACAACUUAAAGCAUUUAUGAAAGAUUUAAAAUUAUACAAGAAAAUAAAAGAUUGUGAAAAACAACAAAAAAAGGAAGAGAUUAAGAAAAAAAUAAUAAAUAAGCAAAAAGAUAUGAUUAAAGAAAUUCUUAGAGAACAGAAAGCAGAGUUACGAUCAUUCGAAAACACUGUAUCCACUAAUUCUUCUAGUUCUUAUUUUGAUGAUACCAUUAUAAAAGUACAAGUGAAAAAAUUGUCAAGUGACAAAGAAAACAAAAGUCCUACAGAUGUUGAAGGGAACUAUCCAAAUGUAAGUCAUAAAGUGAAUAUGAUACAAUCAAAAUCCAAAUCCAUAAGAGCACAAGAUCAAUACAAUGUUAAAUCUAAUGUUGUAUCAUAUAAUAACAUAGAUGAUAAAACCUGUUUGAGUAAAAAUAAAUACAAGGAAUGUUUGAAAAAAGAUUUCCAUGUAGAAAUGCAAAGCAAAACAAAAAUACAUGAUGAUAAAAUACCAAUUGGAGAAAAAUCAACAGCUUUACAAUCAGUUCGUCCUAUGAGUGCACCGAAUAUUUUAGAACAUCAACAAGAAUAUACCAGAAGUAGCCAAACAAAGAGUACAUCAUCUACAAAAAAUACUUAUUCUGGAGCAAAAUCGUUUAUUAGACCAUGGAGAUUGCAACCGGAAGCUCAAAAAAGUAAAAAUGUUAAAAAAACUGAUCCUGUUUUACUUUACCAAAAAUAUCAACAAAAAUGGAAACAAAUGUCUUUUCCUGGAGAAGCUAAACAUACAAGCAUAAGGUGGGCUAUUCGUGAAAAAAUGUUAGGCGAAGAUCCUCACCCAAUGCCACUUUCUAGAAAAUCAACUAGUAUGCCAACAUUAAGAAGGAAAUGAUAUUUAUUCAACUUGUUGGUAUGAAAUUUUUAAUUUAAAAUAAAUAAAUUUAAAACUGAUAUUGAUAUAUUAUAUUGAUUAUAUUGAAUUAUUGUAAGAAAUUAUUUACUGUUAUAGAAAA